GAAUUCCAUGGUCAUUGUUUAUAUUAUUGUUCGAAAAUUUCUUUAAAAACAUGUUUGAGAAUAAUAAAAACAAAAUGAAAAGACCUAUGAAAAGGAAAAGGAGGCAGACAACCGAUAAACUGUUGACACUUGAUGAUGAUGACCUAAUUCAUCAAGUAUCUAUUCGUCCAGUAAUCUAUGAUCGCUCCUUGAAGGCAUACCGAAAGACGUCAUUGCGCCAACAAUGCUGGUUGGAGAUAAGCGAAGCCAUUGAUGCCCCGGAGGCAGAAUGUCGUAAACGAUGGAGAUCUUUGCGCGACUCCUUUGCUAAGCACUACAAACUCUCGCAAAGAACGGAAGAGAGUGUGGCAAAUAAACAUCGAAAUUGGGUAUUUUAUGAUAAAAUGACAUUUUUAAUUCCGUAUUUGGAUGGUGUCAGCUAUGAUUUGGAUAAAAUACUAGAUGAACUGGGCGAUAUUUCUGAAGAUGGCCAGAGUAUAAACUGUGACCCGGUAGAUGUGAAUGCCGCUAAUGAAGCUCUGGUUCAGAGUGUACCAGAGUCUGCUAGGAAUAAUAAAGAUGUAGCAGAACAUAUUGAAACCCCUAAUACCGACAUACAACAUUGUUCUGUGUCUGUACAGGCCACUGAUUUUGUGUCUAUUUCAAUGGAAAAUCCUCAACAAACAACAGUGCAAGUUCACAAGAAUAAUAAUAAUAAUAUUGAUAAUAAUGUUACAAACAGCACAGUGUAUCCUAGACAGCAACAUCCAUGUAAUAAUAAUAAUUCGAGUAUUCAAUGUGGAGAAUCAAAUAUAGAUAACUGUGCAGUAUUAUUAAAUUCUGAUGAAAAGUUUCUAAUAAGUUGUGCGCCCGCUAUGAGACGCCUAACUUAUAGACAGAACUCCUUAGCCCGCCUUAAGAUACAACAAAUUCUCUUUGACAUCGAAUUUCAAGAAGAAAACAAUUAAAAUAUUGUUGGCCAUUGCGGUUAAUGAUAAAAAUCUUUUAAACUUUUACACAUACAUAUAUUAAUAAUAAUCUUAUCACGCCACCGUAUUUUUUAAAUUAAAAACAAACAGCAAAUUGUAUCUUUGUAUCACUAAUAUUAAUAUUAAUCAGUGUAUAUUGACCAUGUCAUUUAUGGAAAAACAAUGAAAGCCAUUAGCUGCAUUUCGGCCAACAUCAA